AUGUCCUCCUCCGUUGUAAUUAGCCAAGAGGCGCUCCACAUUAUCAACACCACCAAUCGAGAAAUUUUUUCUCAAUUGGUACUCGCUCUCCAUCGUGACUUAGCAGAAUCCUUGAUGAUUAUGGCGUUGUGGCUCUUUCUCCAGGAGAAGGGCUACAACAAAUUCGUGUACAAGAUGGUGAGGCUUUCAAACGCUGUACUCAAUGGUUUAGCUAAUGAAGCUGUCCAAUGCUUGAAGUGCUUAGAGUCUACCAAUUGCCCUAGAACCAUUUCAAGAACUGCACCCAAUUGUGGUAGCCUGCUCCUCACUAAAAGGCUCCUGGGGAAGGAAAUUUCACUCCAAAUCGUCAGCAUAAACCGAUACACAUUAAUCAGUGGGGUAAAAAAUUUCGUUACCAAUGUCUGUGCUAGAAUUUUUACUGACAUUUUGCAGCGGAUUUUGUUUCCGCGCUCCUACGUACAUUUUAGUCCGGAGGAUACUUUUGUAAUCCCAUUAUUUCCUAACCGGCUGUUUGGUAGCCUGAAAAUAGUUAACCCCAACAGCUCCAUCAACCACGGUGUUCCUACCGGAGGGAUAUGGGGUUGGAGCCCUUUCCUUGAACUGUCAGUGGAUGAUAGGACUAUGUUCCUAACAUUUUCGAGAGGCUUCCCUGUGUCACAGGAUGAGGUCAAGGAGUUAUUCAUGGAACUUUUGGGAUCUGAAACCUGUGUGGAACGUGUGCAAAUGGCAAAUGUUCCUCCUAAUAAACAACCUUUGUAUGCUAAACUGGUGUUGAGUACCGUCGUUUAUGUUGAUCGUGUUCUGAGAGGGACUCGAGUUUCGAAGUUCAGGAUCAACAGAAAACACAUUUGGGCGAGGAAGUAUGAGCGAAGGGAGUAG